AUGGUAUUAGCCGACCUAGGACGUAAAAUUACGUCCGCAUUACGGUCGCUCAGCAAUGCAACUGUCAUCAAUGAAGAGGUAUUAAAUUCUAUGCUGAAGGAGAUAUGCGCAGCACUAUUAGAAGCUGAUGUAAACAUUCGCCUGGUGAAAAAACUCCGUGAAAAUGUGCGAUCCGUCAUUGACUUUGAUGAUAUGGCGGGUGGGCUUAAUAAACGCCGGAUGAUCCAGAGCGCAGUGUUCAAAGAACUUGUCAAAUUGAUCGAUCCAGGCGUGAAGGCUUACCAGCCAGUGAAAGGUCGUCCAAAUAUUAUUAUGUUCGUUGGAUUACAAGGUGCUGGUAAAACAACGACGUGUACUAAAUUAGCUUAUCAUUAUUUGAAGAAAAAUUGGAAGGCUUGCUUGGUUUGCGCUGACACGUUUCGUGCUGGUGCUUAUGAUCAAAUUAAACAGAAUGCUACUAAAGCUAGAAUACCAUUUUAUGGAAGCUACACAGAAUCAGAUCCAGUAGUAAUAGCACAAGAUGGUGUUGAAAUGUUUAAAAAAGAAGGCUAUGAAAUAAUAAUCGUGGAUACCAGUGGUAGGCAUAAACAAGAAGAGUCUCUAUUUGAGGAAAUGUUGCAAGUGUCAAAUGCAGUUCAACCAGAUAAUAUUAUAUUCGUGAUGGACGCAACGAUAGGUCAGGCUUGUGAGUCGCAAGCUAAGGCUUUUAAAGAUCGCGUUAAUGUAGGUUCGAUUAUUAUCACCAAGUUGGACGGACAUGCUAAGGGUGGUGGAGCUUUAUCAGCUGUUGCAGCUACGCAGAGUCCUGUAAUAUUUAUUGGUACUGGAGAGCACAUAGAUGACUUGGAGCCGUUUAAAACAAAACCUUUUAUCAGUAAAUUGUUGGGAAUGGGUGACAUUGAAGGAUUGAUUGAUAAAGUUAAUGAGUUGAAUCUUGAUGAUAAUGAAGAGCUUUUAGAAAAAAUCAAACAUGGGCAGUUCACUUUACGGGAUAUGUAUGAACAGUUUCAAAAUAUUAUGAAGAUGGGACCUUUUUCACAGAUUUUGGGUAUGAUUCCGGGUUUCAGCCAAGAUUUUAUGUCCAAAGGAACGGAACAAGACUCGAUGGCAAGAUUAAAGCGACUUAUGACAAUAAUGGACAGUAUGAAUGAUGCCGAGUUGGACAACAGAGAUGGAGCUAAAUUAUUCAGCAAACAACCCGGUAGAAUAACGAGGCUAGCUCAUGGAUCUGGUGUCACUGAGAAAGAAGUUAAAGAUUUGAUUACUCAGUACACCAAGUUCGCAGCGGUUGUUAAGAGGAUGGGAGGUAUCAAAGGAUUGUUCAAGGGUGGAGAUAUGUCCAAGAAUGUCAAUCAAACUCAAAUGGCUAAAUUAAAUCAACAAAUGGCUAAAAUGAUGGAUCCACGUGUUCUUCAUCAAAUGGGUGGACUGAACGGUCUUCAAAAUAUGAUGAAACAAAUUCAACAAGGUGCAGCUGGUGGUCUGGGAAAUUUGAUGGGCGGACUAGGAGGUAGACCUUGA